ACAAACGACGCCAUAUUGCCCAUGUUGUUCGGUAGCUCAUAUCAGGCCAUCGCCGGGGCCCUGCUUAAUGGAAAUGGAUUAUGACAUGUUAGAUCCUGUUUAUUUUUUUUUUCGUUCUUGCGUACACGUGCAAUCGCGGUAGGCCUUUUUGAUUGAAAUUUGCGUGGCAGUCGUAAAUUUUGUGAAUAGCUAGACAGAGACGGAAGCUGAGAGGCUGUUCAGGCCGGGAGCUGCUACGACGGUUGGAGGAUAGAGCUCAGGCCGCAGAAAAUCCGGUAGUUUUGAAAAACUGCGGCACCAUCGGCCAAGAGCAAAACGACGAAGAAUUUGAACCCCGUGGAUGCUCUGGUCCCACUUGCAAGGGACCGAAGGUAAAGGAGCGCAAACCUGCCGCAGUCGGAUCCGGAAGUGGGGACACGGGUCAAAUGUCAACGUGCACGUGCGGCAGCAGCCGUGGAAUGUCCUUGAGGAACCAGUACCGACGGAAGGAGGAUCAAGCUAUUCCACCGCCAUCAAGCCCUCUCCGUUGUCGUCCAGAUUGAGACAGAUGGCGUUCACGUCGACGUCGAUGGCCUGUGUGACGGAGGGUGAAAGCGACGGGGAUAACGAUACGCCGAAGCAUCAUGCUGUAAAGUACGAUCCUCAGGAUCGUCCUCUCACCGCUGCAGUGGCCAUAAGCAGGAAUCGUCCGGCAUCAUUCGCGUCCGCAGCAGACAUGAGCAUGAUGGAAAGUAGCGGCAGCAAGUCGGAAGCAACCGAAGUAGACGCCCCGCCUCACGCUCACGCCAAGAACACGCCAACCUGCGUUGCGGGAGGAAAUUCGUCAUCUUCGUCGUAGAAAGCAGCGGUCUACCUCUACCCAGCUACACGUUUUGGGAAAUUCACCGGGAGUUUUGCUGCCCCCGCAGGACGCCACCCAGGGCGGUCGGCCGUGUUUGUGACGCAGGCGCCGUACCAGACGUACAACCGGGUGGUGCCACCGCCGGUCCACAAUGUUUCCAGAAGGCAGAUUCCAACAUCCAGUUUGUUUCGCUAAAUCCGGCCCAGGUUGCCAACAAGCCGCUUCGAUCUGGUCAAGCUGAUGGAGCUGCAGGGCGAUGGCAGUGGUAAGAGAUCCGAAGGAUUGACCGGGGCCAUCAAGAAUCACGACGUUUUGGAUUGCCACGGGGAAUACAAACUGUCAGUGCUUUGUUUAUUUUAAAUGGCUAAUAAAAAAAUUGAGGACUGGGGGUCUGGG